UUAACUUUUUCUUUGACCCGACUCUCUCUCCUCCGUCUUUUCAUGGUACUCUCUCUCUUCUAUCUAUCCCCAUCUCCAUGGAAGCAAGGAGAUGUGUUAAUUUAUUUCCGCCUCUCUCUACAGCGUUACAUGAACAGUGACUGCUUCUCUCCUUUCUGUUUUCUUUCUCCCCUUUGCUUAAUUCUUCUGAGGAAGGCUAUCUCGUGAUCUUUACCGCUCAAAAAAAUCUAAACUUUCAGCUCACACUCUUUCAUGGAAUCUAUGGCAAUCUAAUAAUCAAGAAUCAAUUGCUCCAUGGCCUCCAAAACUUCUGAAGGAUCACUUACCAACUCCAGUCAAAGUAUGUCAGUCAACACUUUAGCAGAUCAAGUAUCUUCAAGUCUAUCAUUCGCUGAUCCAAGUAACGACAGCAAAACCAAUAAUAACAACAAGAGUGAGAGCGGGAAGAGUAGCACGUGUAGACCGAGCACAAGCAGUGACAUAAGCGACGAGAGCACUUGCAGCAGCUUUAGCAGCAGCAUCAACAAACCACACAAGGCCAACGAUGUCAGAUGGGAAGCGAUCCAAGCCGUUAGAACCAAACACGGUGGUUUGGGUUUGAACCAUUUUAGGCUCUUGAAGAGGUUAGGAUGUGGGGACAUAGGAACUGUACAUCUCGCUGAGCUGAACGGGACGAGGUGUUAUUUUGCGAUGAAGGUUAUGGACAAGACAGCUUUGGCUAGCAGGAAAAAGCUUCUUAGAGCUCAGACCGAGAGAGAGAUACUUCAGUGUCUUGAUCACCCGUUUCUUCCGACGUUGUAUAGUCAUUUCGAGACAGAGAAGUUCUCUUGUUUGGUUAUGGAGUUUUGUCCUGGUGGUGAUUUGCAUACGCUGAGACAGAGGCAACCAGGGAAACGCUUCACCGAGCAAGCAGCAAAGUUUUAUGUAGCAGAGGUACUUCUUGCAAUGGAGUAUCUACACAUGCUGGGGAUCGUUUACCGUGAUCUUAAACCAGAGAACGUUCUUGUAAGAGACGAUGGACACGUUAUGCUUUCAGACUUUGAUCUCUCCCUGAGAUGCACCGUUAGCCUCUCCAUAGUCAGAUCAACCAAUCUCGGAUCCGAAGGCUUGUCAAAGAACUCAGUUUCCUGCUCGCAACAACCCGCUUGCAUCCAGCAGCCGUCUUGCAUCUCAAUGGCUCCGACAUCUUGCUUCGGUCCUCGGUUCUUCUCAUCUAAGUCCAAGAAAGACAAGAAACCGAAAACAGAUAACAACGGGAACCACCAAGUGACUCCCUUACCGGAGCUCGUCGCAGAGCCGACAAGCGCACGUUCCAUGUCGUUUGUGGGGACGCACGAGUACUUAGCUCCGGAGAUCAUCAAAGGGGAAGGACACGGAAGUGCGGUUGAUUGGUGGACCUUUGGGAUCUUUCUUUACGAGUUGUUGUUUGGUAAAACACCGUUUAAAGGGUCCGGGAAUAGAGCGACGCUAUUCAACGUGGUUGGUCAGCCUUUGAGGUUCCCUGAGUCUCCGGUUGUUAGCUUUGCAGAUAGAGACUUGAUAAGGAGUUUGCUUGUGAAGGAGCCGCAGCAUAGGUUAGCUUAUAAGCGUGGAGCGACGGAGAUUAAGCAGCAUGCUUUCUUUGAAGGAGUGAAUUGGGCUUUGGUUCGGUGUGCUAGUCCGCCUGAGAUUCCUAAACCGGUUGAGAUUGAACCGGUUAAUUAUGCUCCUCCUGCUGCUGCUGCUGCUGCUUCUACAAGUGUGAGAUCUGACCAGAGCAAUUAUCUUGAGUUUGAUUUCUUCUGAAGGUUCACCGAUUUGAUGAUUCUCUUACUGUUUCUUUUGCAAACUCUGCAGAAGAAUAUGUUUAGUGUUUUUUUUUUCACGUGUUAAACAAGUUAUAUGAGAUUUGUAUCAUUCUUCAACAAUCUGAGUCUUGUUAAGUUGAAUGUUAUUAGAAACCACAAGUUACUUUGGUUUUCAUGAUGUAAAUAUGGGAUUGUUUUACUUACCAGUGUCCUGUGACUAUCUGGUUGAUGUUUAAUCCAUA